CGACCUUGUGUGGGUAGUCGGAAGUGGAACAGUUGAAGACGUCGGGGGUUCCCAAUUCCUUUGUACCCUCCAUACUACCGACGCACAAACCGCUGCUGUGAAAAGAACAAGCUCGCAACAUGGUCAAACACCACCUCAUGAUCGGCACGUGGACGCCGCCAGGUGUGAUAAUCACAGUCUCCUUCGACGAUGAAACGUUGAAGUUGGAGUUGGUGAAGAAGACCGAAAUCCCAGAGGAUGAACCGAUCAGCUGGAUGGCCUUUGACCAUCAAAGGAAGAAUAUCUACGGCGCAUCGAUGAAGAAAUGGAGUUCACAUGAGGUGAAGAGCCCGGGCGAGAUUGUGCAUACUGGAAGCUUUCCAAUUGGCGGACAUCCCAAAGCAAACGAUGCCGACACAAAAACACGCGCCAUCUUCCUCCUUCCCGCGAAAAAGCCACCGUAUGCCGUAUACUGCAACCCGUUUUACGACUACGCUGGCUACGGCAACAUCUUCUCAGUCAACUCCUCCGGACACAUCAAAGAGAACAUCCAGAAUUUCGAAUACUGCGAGAAAACCGCAAUUCAUGGCAUGGUCUUCGACCCCUCAGAAACAUACCUCUACAGCGCAGAUAUGUGGGCGAACCGUGUGUGGUGUCACAAGAAGAUAGAUGAUGAAGGCAGGGUAGAAACAGUAGGCUUCACUGAAGCACCAGCUCCAAAGGACCAUCCCAGAUGGGUAGAGAUGCAUCCCUCGGGUAACUACCUAUACGCUUUGAUGGAAGGAGGAAACCGGCUGUGUGAGUAUGUGAUUGAUCCAAAGACCAAGCUACCAAUCUACACUCACAAGGUGUAUCCCUUGAUACCUCCUGGUAUCCCCAACGCAGACACAAUGUACCGGUCAGACGUCUGUUUCCUGAACAAAUCCGGCAAUUACCUCUUCGCUACAUCCCGGUCCAACUCGUUUGAUCUCACCGGUUACAUUGCUGCUUUCAAAGUCGCCCCAUCAGGCGCUAUCGAACGACAGAUUUGUCUUAAUCCUACACCAACUUCUGGUGGGCAUUCUAAUGCAGUCUCUCCAUGCCCUUGGUCGGAUGAGUGGCUCGCACUUACCGACGACGAGAAGGGUGGAAUUGAGAUUUACAGAUGGCAUGAUGAGUUCCUUGCAAGGGUUGCAAGGUUGGAGAUUGGAGAAAAAGGGUUUGGUAUGAAUGCCAUAUGGUACGACUAGUUUGUAUAGGACGAAACAUGAAUUCUAUAGCAAUCCAUAGAUUUGGUACAACAUCGAAUCUCACUAUGCACCAUGGA